AUUGCAGCUGGAGUGGGGGAAGGGGUCGAUGAAGUUGACGGAACCGCCAUCUUGAAAAGUGCUCUCCGAAGAUCUACAUUUUCGCGCCUGUUAGAAACAGUUUUAAACGCUUUAUUUUCCUUGCCAAAAUUUCAUCUUAGCUCUGUCUUAGUAUCGCUAAGGUCCGAGGCUAAUGUUAAGAUAAGCUACAUGCUGGAGAGUCGGUGUUUACCCUUGUCUAUUGGUGUGUUCGUGUUGAACUGCUGUAUGUGCGCUUUUUGUGAGUGUGUCCGUUACCACUAUCUGCCUGCUUGCCCAUCCGUCUGGUCAGCCUGGAAUGGGCCACAACUCCCAAAGACUAGAACAAACCUCUUUUUAACCUGAGCUUUGCUGUGAGGACUCCAACAUACUCACAGAACCAACAUGUUUUGGAAAUUUGACCUCCACACCACAUCCCACAUUGACACAUUGCUGGAGAAGGAGGAUGUGACGCUUACAGAGGUAAUGGAUGAGGAUGAUGUCCUGCAGGAGUGCAAGGCCCAGAAUCACAAACUUGUGGACUUCCUGCUGAGACCACAGUGUAUGGAGGACCUGGUUACCUUUAUCACACAGGAACCCAGUACUGAUGUUGAGGAAAAGGUUAAAUACAAGUAUCCCAACAUAUCAUGUGAGCUGCUUACAUCAGAUGUGAGCCAGAUCAAUGACAGACUAGGAGAAGAUGAAAAACUGCUGAUGAAAUUGUACAGUUUCCUCCAAAAUGAGCCGCCCCUCAACCCCCUCCUGGCCAGCUUCUUCUCCAAAGUUCUUUCUAUUCUUAUAGGACGCAAGCCUGAACAGAUAGUUGAUUUUCUGAGGAAGCAGGAAGACUUUGUAGACUUGAUGAUAAAACACAUCGGGACCUCUGCGAUCAUGGACUUGCUGCUCAGGAUGCUCACCUGCAUCGAACCACAGCAGCUACGACAAGAUGUUCUCAAUUGGCUGAAUGAGGAGAAAGUGAUUCAGAGACUGGUGGAGAUGAUACAACCUUCUCAAGAUGAAGAUGAGACAGUAGAGCAGCUGCUCUCUAAUAUCUUCGACAAGGAAAAGAACGAGUCUGCAAUUGUCAGCGUUAUCCAGAUCCUGCUCACGUUGUUUGAGACGAGGAGACCAGCGUUUGAGGGUCAUAUGGAGUGCCCCCCAGGGAUGUCUCAUCCAUCAUUCUCAGUGAACCACAGCAUCCUCGAGGCUGUGAGACCCAGACUCAAAGAUUUUCACCAGCUGCUACUGGAACCUCCAAAGAAGAAUAUGAUGAAGACAACAUGGGGGGUUCUGGACCCUCCAGUGGGCAACACCAGGCUCAAUGUGGUCAGACUGGUCGCCAGUCUGUUGCAGAGCAACACACACAGCAUCAAUACAGAACUAAUUAACCUCAACACACUUGGAGUUAUACUAGAUAUGUAUUUCAAAUACAUCUGGAACAACUUCCUCCACAUUCAGGUGGAAAUCUGCACAGCCAUGAUACUGGCUAUGCCUCCUGCCCCCAUAGACAUCCAACCAGACACAGAGGCAGAACACGUGAAGGAAAGCAUCCUCAUCAAACAUCUGUUUCAAAAGUGCCAAUUUAUACAGAGAAUCAUUGAUGCCUGGAGCUCCAAUGAGAAAGAACAGGCAGAAGGUGGGCGGCGACGAGGCUACAUGGGUCACCUGACCAGAAUAGCCAACUCUAUAGUUCAUAACUGCGACAAAGGCCCUAAUGGGCCGCAAAUACAACAGCUCAUCUCUGAGCUCCCUGCAGAGGAUCGAGAAAAAUGGGAAUCUUUUAUUUCUGGACAGCUGGCUGACACAAACAAAAGAAACACUGUUGACUUGGUAAAUACACACCACAUCCAUUCUUCCAGUGAUGAUGAGGUGGACUUUAAAGAGAGUGGUUUUCACCAAGACUCGUCUCUUCAACAAGCCUUUUCUGAUUAUCAGAUGCAACAAAUGACGUCCAAUUUUAUUGAGCAGUUUGGCUUCAAUGACGAAGAGUUUGCUGAUCAGGACGAUGUGGUGGAUAUUCCCUUUGAUAGAAUAUCAGACAUCAAUUUUUCACUGAAUACAAAUGAAAGUGCAAAUAUUGCUUUGUUUGAGGCACGCUGUAAGGAGAAAAUCCAGCAGUUUGAAGAUGCUGGUUCAGAUGAAGACGAUAUCUGGGAUGAAAAAGAUGUCACCUUUGCACCAGAGGCACAGAGACGCCCCAGGAGUUCAGGCAGCACAGACAGCGAGGAGAGCACAGACUCAGAGGAGGAGGACGUGAAGAGGGAUCAGUUUGAAGCUUCCAACCCCAGCAACGAUGACAGAAUGGAAGUUGACACAGGCCCAGUGUGGACGGCAAAUUUUGAUGAUAUCCCCAUGGACACGGGUACAUCCACAGCUUCAAACUCCAACCCCAGCAACCCAGCUCCAUCCUCUCCCUCCACCUCCCCUGAUACAGCAUGGAGCUCCUCUCCUGCAGCUAACUCAAACUCAGAAACUGGCUGGGCUGAUUUCUCCAACUUCACUCCUGUCAGCCCCAAAGACCCCCUGAGAUGCAACUCUCCUGUUGCUAUGGAAACCAGUAUAGAAACAAUUGACCCUUUAGGGGUUAACGCACCCAUGCAGUCUGAAGACUGUGAUGGCUGGUUGGGCACGAGUGUGGCUUCUCCAGCUGCCUCUGCACCUAGUGAUUGUGGGAGCUCUAAGGCAGAGGAGGAAGCAUCUAGCUCUGAGCACCGCAGCAUCACAGAAACGGUCAUCAAUGGCUCCAUGAAAGAAACAGUCAGUCUCACUGUUGAUGCCAAGACUGAGACCGCCGUUUUCAAGAGAGUGUUGAAAUCUUAUCGUGAGGAAGAGAAGAUUGCUUCUUCAGAGAAGUACUCAGUAGUGGAGUAUGUGGAGUCAGAGAGAGCAGGCAUCAACAGCUCAGCCACAGCCUGCUGUCCUAAAACUGGUGAGAAAUGUCGGCCCAUUGUGGAGCUGCCCAAUGGUCCUCUGGAAGAAAUGUCCCCCACAGAGGAGGCCAAGCUCGACAGAAGUUCUGUGUCCUCUGAGCCAGCUGUAAACGGGCCAGCAUGAGAGUCACUUAAUGCCUGCCAAUGGCCAGCCUGUUCUGCCAUGCAGAGCCUUUCUCCUGGUCAGCCAGCAGAGGCUGCUGCUCACAGCUGUUCCAACCACAUGCCCCAUCAGGACCAGCAAUACUCCCAUCGUCUCAUCACUGAAAGACAAAUGGGCAGACAGGUGUACAGACACAAGAUGGACUAAGAAGUAAAAUGAGAGACACUCAAAUGGAUACGGAAUAAUUUUUUUUCUGCAUUUGUUUAUAUACUAUUGUACUUAGGAGGUGAUGUGUGACUGAUAUCCUGACUCCCAAAAUUAAAUAGUAAUGUUGCGAUGGUUAAGGAAAUGAUUGUAUGAAUAAAAUAUUUUAUAAAAGGAAAAUGUAUACAGAAGCAUAAGUUGAAUUACCACAGAGAGGAAUAGUUGAUUCAUGAUCCAACCAAUCACCAUGUUGUUGUUAUUGGCUGCAUAACAGGCUGACACUUCAAGUUAGAGCUAUAUUUAAAAUUUCUCCCCCACCGUUGAUCUGUCUCUGAGCAGAGCUGCUCUGACCAAUUGAAACAGUUUUAUUUUUGUUGCAGCUAAUUGCAAAUGAUUUUUCUCUUGUGAUCUUCUGCAUUGAAUAACAUUUGAUGAGCUGUUUUGGUAUGUUUCUUUCUAAUUUAUUAUGGAGUUGAGAUUGUAGUAACAAAAAGGGGGGGGAAAUGACCAUAGAGAUAUACCUACACUGUCUCUUUCUUACUGGCUGCUUUCAUGCUAACUAGGUUCUUACCUCACAGCUGGAAGGCUAAAGAGGAGAUGUUUGUCACCACAACCUAAACUAGCUAUAAAUGCAUUAAGAAUAUGUUCGUUUUUUGUUUUUAUCGCAAGUGCUCUUCAGACAACUGGUUUUCAGUUUGCUGGGUCUCCCUUUAGAUUGCAUUAUAUUUUUAAAAAAUGUCGUUCCAAGUUGAAAAUUCAUCUCCAGUGUGCAGAACUGUCAAUUCAGCCUGCUACUAUAGUAAAAUUGAAAGGCAUUUAAUUGCCAAACUAUACACAGAAGUAGAGGAUAAAUUUAUUUAAAAAAAAUAAAUAAAUACAUUUUGCCAAAACACACAGCUGCCACAUGGGGUAGGCCCAAACAGCUACACAAUCUCACCACUACAGUCCGUAACUCUGUCAGCUGUAGCGGGCGAGCAGAUGGAGCUACUGUGUGUAGUCCCACCAUCUCGGCAUUAGAAAGAUAUUGACUGGCAAGGCUUGGUUCUGGAGGUUUCCUCUAUAGGUAAGAAAGUGUUGGCUUUCAAAAUAUGAUUUUUUUUUUUCUUUUUCUCAAAGUCAAUAUCUGUAUUGUUCAGCUCAAGCGCACAUAGUCUAUAAAAGGGUUUGAGUUUGUGAUUUCCCAUUGAGUGCAAUACAUCAUUUCUAAUGUGUACUAGGGACAGCACUUUGCAUGCCUCAUACAUCAUGUGGAAGCUGUGUGUUUUCUGCAUUACCUUUUACAAGAUUGUCUUGUGUCCACCCUCAUGGGCUUACAUGUGACAAUCAGGUGAAAUUGUUUCAGCCAAUGACUGUGUGCCAACAGGUGACACUGUUUAGACCGUACAGUGGGUGUGGUGGAGGUACUGAUGUACAAAGUUUGGGCAAAAAAAAUUUAAUGGUGACUUCAAAUGAUGUACUGUGUCAGCCAGUCUAAUCAAUGAAAGCAAACAUUCCUGCUAGAUUACUUUGUAAUAUGAAUGGUGACAUUUUACUUUUUACCUGCAAGUUUUUAAGAUAAAAUGAUAAGGAUUACUUUUACAGUUAUCACAUCAGACGCUCUGCAGUGUUUUAGCGUCUGGUAUGUGUUCAUGUGUAAGUUAUUCCUGCAGAGCAGGAGGUCCAGCUUGAGUAAAGCACCCAAGUUUGAAA